CCCCAGGAAACAGCUGCCCCGGUCCACUGCUGUACCUAGCGGCCGGUUAAACCAAAACAAACGCGUCUUCACGCCUCGUCGCUCUCGCCUCGGUUAAACACAGCCUUGCUCUCUCGUAAGCGCUUGAUAAUAUUUGUGACGGUGAUUAAUACGCGGUGGAUUCGUGUGAAAACAUCCCGGCUGGGCGAUGUUGCCACCUAACGUCUGUUAAGUGAACAGCCCCACUGCGCCUGCGCGGUUUACCGGACAAGAUGGCGACCAGCAAUGGUGGAGGAAUGGAGGUGGACGGGGCAGCCAGCCCCAGUGUUAUGGCCUCAGGGGUCACUGGCAGUGUUUCUGUGGCCUUACACCCUCUGGUUAUCCUCAACAUAUCCGACCACUGGAUACGCAUCCGCUCACAAGAAGGACGACCAAUGCAGGUGAUUGGAGCCCUGAUCGGGAAGCAGGAGGGGAGAAACAUUGAGGUGAUGAACUCCUUUGAGUUGCUGUCUCACACCAUAGAUGACAGAGUGCAUAUUGACAAGGAGUACUACUACACCAAGGAAGAACAAUUCAAACAGGUCUUCAAAGAGAUGGAGUUCUUGGGUUGGUACACCACAGGCGGCCCCCCUGAUCAAUCAGAUAUUCAUAUUCACAAGCAGGUGUGUGAAAUUAUUGAGAGCCCUCUCUUCCUCAAGCUCAACCCAAUGACCAAACACACCGAUCUUCCUGUUAGUGUUUAUGAAUCUGUGAUCGACAUCAUCAAUGGCGAGGCUACCAUGUUGUUUGCUGAGCUCACGUACACUCUGGCCACAGAGGAAGCGGAGAGAAUCGGUGUCGACCACGUUGCUCGAAUGACAGCCACCGGCACCGGAGAAAACUCAACAGUUGCUGAACACCUCAUAGCCCAGCACAGUGCGAUAAAGAUGCUCCACAGUCGGGUGAAGAUCAUACUAGAGUACGUCAAAGCCGUGGAAGCAGGAGAGGUGCCGUUUAACCACGAGAUCCUUCGAGAAGCCAACGCCCUGUGCCACAGACUGCCCGUUCUCAGUACCAUAAAAUUCAAAACCGACUUCUAUGAUCAAUGUAAUGACGUGGGCCUCAUGGCCUACUUAGGUACCAUCACCAAGACCUGCAACAGUAUGAACCAGUUCAUCAACAAGUUCAACGUCCUGUACGACAGACAGGGCAUCGGCCGGAGGAUGAGAGGACUCUUCUUUUGAGCCGUCGUUUAGCUGAAGCAGAGAGACAAACGAGCACUGCAGUUUCUUGAUUUUUGUUUUGUUCUCUUUUUUUUUUUUUUGGUUUGUUUGUAUUUUGGUCAGCUAAAACAAAUUCGGUAGCUUUUCAAAGCAGUUCACUAUUUUCAACCACAAGUGUAUCUAAAAGCACUUAAAUGCACCAACUGGUAAGAGAUAUGUACAAAACCGCUCAACUUUUUUCUUGGAUAUGCACAGAAAUGAAUCCACUGUACAUGAACAUAUUGUUUUACCCCGUUUGUUUUAUUGUUUCAUGUUUCUGUAUGUAAUAAAUGAUCUGCUGAUUUUUUUCA